CUGGGGAGCUGGGGGCAUGGGCUGUUUACAAGGAGGAAAGGCAGAAGGAUAGAAGGCAGCCGAGCCUCCCUGGUUCGUAUUGUACAGGAAAGCGCAGCAUCUGCAGCCCAGGCCCCCUGUUCCAUCCCAGGAACCAGACUAACCUCCCGCUACCAGGAUCUCCCAUGUCAGCACUGUGAGUCCACCCCCAGGCAUGGACCUUUAAAUAGGCAAGUCCCCUGUGCAUCAGUCAGUGAGAGCAGCCAGGCACAGGCUGAGACGCACCACACAAGCUGAGCUGAUGGACGAACCAAAGGCUGUAAAACAGAAGAAGACAUGGCACAAAAAAGUCAUAAUCUUCCUAGGAGCUCUGUUUGUCUUGGGUGUUAUCUCUUUAGUCGCAAUUGCAGUAGUGCAGAAUAAACCUCUUCCAAAGAAUAUUAAGUAUGGCAUUGUGCUGGACGCUGGUUCGUCCCAUACCAGUGUGUAUAUAUAUGAAUGGCCGGCAGAAAAGGAAAAUGACACCGGUGUUGUACAGCAGAUAAACGAGUGCAAAGUUGAAGGCAACGGUAUAUCCAGUUAUGGCCACGAGCCACUGAAGGCCGGUCUUUCUCUACAGAAGUGUAUGAAUAAAGCCCGUCAGGUCAUUCCUGAGAAGCAGCAAAGGGAGACACCAGUUUAUUUAGGGGCCACAGCAGGAAUGCGUUUGCUCAGGCUAACUAAUGCAACAAUGGCUGAGGAAGUCCUGUCUUCAGUGGAAAAUACGCUGCGUUCCUUUCCGUUUGAUUUUCAGGGUGCCAGAAUAAUUACAGGACAAGAAGAAGGCGCUUAUGGAUGGAUCACAAUUAAUUAUCUGCUUGGAAACUUUAUCCAGGAUUCAGGUUGGUUCAAAUAUAUACCAAAUUUCAAACCCACUGAAACUUCCGGUGCACUGGAUCUUGGAGGUGCUUCAACACAGAUCACCUUUGAGUCCAAAAGAGAGAUUGAAUCCCAAGAAAAUUCCUUGCACUUCCGCCUUUAUGGAAAAUCCUAUGAUAUCUAUACACACAGCUUUCUCUGCUAUGGAAAGGACCAAGCUCUGCGCCUUCAGAUAGCUAAUAGUAUAAAGGAUGCAACAGAUUCCAUCCUUUUGGAUCCUUGCUUUAACUCAGGAUAUAGAAGGAACGCAAGCACCAAUGACCUCUACAGUAGUCCCUGCAUAUCUAAACUGAGGAUACCAACAGCACCCAGCACCUUAGAUAUUAGAGGCACUGGCAAUUACCAGCUAUGCAAGAGAAAUGUCCAGGCAAUCUUCAACAGAACACAUUGUACUUACUCACAUUGCUCUUUUAAUGGGGUUUUUCAACCAAGUUUGGAUGGCACAUUUGGGGCAUUCUCAGCAUAUUAUUUUGUUAUGAAUUUUUUAAACCUUACCAAUGAGCAAAUGUCUCUUGACAAAGUAAAAGAGACGGUAGAAAGACACUGCUCCAGACCAUGGGACGAGGUAAAAAAAGACUUUCCAAAAAUUAAAGAAAAAUACCUGAGUGAAUACUGUUUUUCUGGAACAUAUAUAUUAAAUCUUCUUGAAUAUGGAUACGGCUUUAGCUCUGAAAACUGGAACGAUAUCAGAUUUUUAGGCAAGAUCAAAGACAGUGAUGCAGGAUGGACACUUGGUUAUAUGCUGAACCUGACCAAUAUGAUCCCUGCAGAGCUGCCUUAUUCUCCUCCGCUGUCCCACGCUGGUUACACUGGACUUAUGGUCUUCUUCUCCAUUUUGUUAGUCUGCAUUAUUUUGACUUGCUGGCUGAGUUUCCGGAAACCAAAAUGUCUACACAAGGGCAUCAUCUAGAAACAGUAAAAGACAACUGGAAAUGAAAGGGAAAUUAUUCUGUAUGCCACUGGCUGCGGACUUAAGCGACGCCUCUUGCAGGCAGCGCAGUCCGUGUCUACAACGAGGAACUUGAGAAGUAGCUUGCAAAAGCGCAUUAAGACUGACCACAAAAUAAGCAGUUUGAACUCUUGGGAACAGUUCUUGCUGUACAUGGAUUUAAGUUGCAGUUCUCGAACGGGUCGUUUUAUCCACUUCAUAUUUAUGAAGCGUGCUUGCAUUAUGUUUUGAAGAAGGAAACAUUGGAAGUUCGUCUGUGGGCGAAUAACUAAAACCAAUCAAAGUACCAAUGAGACUUCAAAAACUGAUCUCAGGUUACAAGACACGAUUCACGCUAAUGGCGCAUUUUUAUAAGUUUUCCUCCUUUAUGAUAGGAAUCUGUUCUUAGUUCUUGUUGAGAGCCUCUGGUCUGGGUAGAGGCCAGUCUUCAGAAGCCGUUCACAGGCCAAUAUUUUAAAUCUUGGAUGUACUUUGCAAUGCAAUACUAUUCUUUGUAGGGUUAUUGUUACAAUGGCAUUCAGUGUGUUGGGAUAAGGGGCUCUUAAGUUGUUUAAGAGAUGCUAUUCCUAAACAAUGCACAUGUACAUAUUGCUACUGCAUCUGCCCCCAGCUUCAGCUCUUUAUUAUUCUUAUGCUUCCACAUAGUCCCCAUCUUUAGAAACAAUACACAGUGAAGACCUAGGUUCCUUCCUUCAGAGUAAAGCAGUGGACAACAGCAAUUGUAAUACCAAAUGGAAGAUCAAAGCUAUAUGCAGCAAAAGAAUUGCAAUGAAAUAUAAUAACUGUGCAUUAUUAUAGGAAUUCAAAUUAGACAAAUCUUGUAAAGGAAAUCCUAGGGACAUUGCCAUGGCCUCAUUAUACUGUGAAUCUACUCCCAAAGAAGCAGACUUUGCCAUUUGCUAAUGCUACAUAAAUCAGCCCCUGAGUAUCUCCACAAGAUUCACUGUCGGUGACUAUUAACAUGCACUUUGGCUUUUAGACAUUUAGUUUCCUCUUUUACGUUGCUCCACUGCUCCUUUUUAUGGGUUCGGUAAGUAGGUGGACAGUGAAGUCCAUUGAAGUUUGCACACCCCAAUCUUUGAAGCCAGAGACUGCAAGUUUGACAGACAAACACAAGCAGGCACUAAAAGUCAUUGAAUCUUUGGUAAUAUCUGUGAAUCUCCUGGCAAACUGCUAAGACUGCUAGGGGAACAGGUUCACAUUGGCAUGAGGGUGUCCUCUAUGAGGCAAAGUUAUCCAUUAAUCCUGGUAGUCGCUCUUGAGCACUAUUGCUGCCUUCUUCUGCCAUAACCUAUUGUUAUUGUUGAUGUAUUCAAAAUCAAUUAUGUUUCUAUAAAGAAAAAGAACUUCGGUUA